UGACGUCACGCCGCCCGUAGCCGGAGCCGCGAAGAUGGCGGCGUGUUUGGAGGAGAACUGGACAGCUCAUCUGCCUGGCCAUCAACUAUUUAAUAAACUGCGACAGAAUGCUGAUAAAGAGCCGAGUGGAAACGCAAGUAGAUUGGCAAAGAACCUGAUGUUCUGCUUGGACGGAGACCUGUUUGUAUGGGAUAGUAUCGACUGCGUAUUUUAUACGACGAACUUAAGGCAGUUGAACAACGCGGAAAGCUUGGCUUCGGAAGAAUGCCAGACCAUUUUGUGCAUCAAUCCACCAUUAUUUGAUGUCCAAGAAGUGCUGCUAAGCCCCACUCAGUACCAUGUGGCUUUAAUUGGAGAAAAAGGAGUGAGCGUUCUAGAACUUCCUCAACGCUGGGGCAAGAGGUCUCAGUUUGAAGGAGGCCGUGAGAAAAUCAACUGCAGGACAAUUCCAGUGGCAGAGAGAUUCUUCACAAGUUCUCAGUGUUUGAAGUUAAGACAAGCGUCCUGGUAUCCCAGCGAGACAGAAGAGCUCCAUUUAGUUCUACUGACGUCUGACAAUACUCUGAGGUGUUACAACCUGAAGGAGCCACAAAUUCCAACUAAACUUUUAUCAUUGUCGCAGCAGGAGGAGGACAACACAGUUCAAAGGCAGGGGCGAUCAUAUGUGGCCUCUCUGGGAGAAAUUGCAGUUGCUUUUGAUUUUGGACCCAUGGUACAAGCCUCCAAACAGAGCCAAGGAUUGCGCACUAAAGAGAAUGCAUUAGUAUACCCAUUGUAUGUUCUUUAUGAAAAUGGAGAAACUUUCCUUAGCUAUGUCAGUUUGGGUCGUAGUGGGAACAAUUUUGGGAAGUUACUUGGCCCUUUGCCUAUGCAUCCAGCGGCUGAAGAUAAUUAUGGAUAUGAUGCAUGUGCGGUGCUGUGUCUACCCUGUGUCCCAAACAUCUUGGUAAUUGCCACAGAAACUGGCACAAUGUACCACUGUGUUGUACUGGAAGGGGAAGAAGAUGAGGAGGGCAGCUCAGGAAAUCAGUGGACAGCAGGAGGUGAAGUCACGCCAUCACUCUAUGUCUUUGAGUGUGUUGAGCUUGAGUUGACUUUGAAGUUAGCCACUGGUCAGGAUGAAGACGAGCCUUCAGAUUCUGACUUCACCUGUCUGAUCAGACUGCACCGAGAUCCUCUGUGCCAAAUGAGGUAUCACUGCACCCAUGAGGCUGGUGUUCAUAGUGUGGGGCUGACCUGGGUAAACAAGCUACACAGAUUCCUUCAGUCAGAUGAAGAAGAUAAGGAUGGCCUACAGGAGCUAUCAACACAACAACCCUGCAUCGUGGAGCACAUUUUGUGCACAAGACCUCUGGCCUGCAGCACCCCAGUUGGAGUGCGAGGUUUUUGGAUUGUGUCCGAUCUUUCCCUUGGAGCAACUAUGCUGUGCAUCACUAGCAGCUAUGAGUGCAUUAUCCGCCCGCUGCUAAGUGCCACCCGACCUGCAUCUCCACCAUUGCUGUGUUCUCGCCUUGGAGAAGAUCUUGGAAGCUCACCUCUCCGUCGACUGGCAGAGGAGUCCUUUGUUCGGCAUAUUCAAAACAUUCUUCAGCGUAAUUCUGCAAAUCCUUUGGUACUUAGAUCUGGUGACAAAGACAGCAGCCCUUCAUCACCGGAGUGCUUGCAGCUCCUAAGCAGAGCCACUCAAGUUUUCAGAGAUGAGUACAUACUAAAACAAGACUUGGCACGGGAAGAAAUUCAACGCAGGGUGAAGCUGCUAUGUGAACAAAAAGAAAAGCAAGCAGAAGACCUGGAUCACUGCAUGGAGGAGAGGACUCAUUUGCGGGAAACAGCAGAGAAACUUGCUGACAAGUACGAAGACGCCAAGUAUAAGCAGGAGAUGAUCAUUAAAAGGAUAAAGGCAGUCUUGGGAAGUUUACAGUCGCAUCUUCCUGUCCUGUCAGAUUGUGAAAAGGAAAUGAGUAAAGAGCUGAAGACAAUAAAUGAUCAUUUACGGCAUCUUGACAAUGGAAUCAAACAGGUAAAAAUGAAAAAAGAAUACCAAGAUAAAGAAAUGAAAAAGCGAAAUUCUCCAAAAACUAGCCUGGUCCUUAGUGCCCACCAGAAGAAGUGUGUCCACAGCAUUCUUAAAGAAGACGGUGAGCACAUAGCUGAUAUGAUGAAGCAAAUCAAAGACGUCAAGAACCAACACAACUUUUGAAAAGAGCAAUCUCAUACCAUCUGUACAUCCGCAGUCAAGUAUUCCAGGCAUUGUUACCCUUUCCUUUUGUAUUGUGUCUCAGAAAUGUUUGCAGAUAUUUUUCUUUGUCAAAAAUAAAAUGGAUGCACUUAUUUUAAUCACAUAUAUGUGCUUGCUUGAGAAGGGUACAUAAGUGAUGCAUCUACUUAACCUCAUUCUUAUUACUGUUUGCUUAUCAUUUGUGUCAGCAAUAUUUCAAAUGCAGUAGUUUUUUGCAAUUUUCAGAGUACGAUUGACCGACAAUUAAGGCAGAAACUGGAUUUUCUAUUUUUGGAUUCUGUCACACAUUCUGUUUUUCUGAUGCAGGUCUAAAAGAAUACGUUUCAUUGCUAGCAAGGAUACAAACAAAGUAUUCGAUUGGCUAAACUGAGUAAAGAUCACACAAGUACAGGUGGGAAAUAUUUAAGAUGAGCUAUUAGUUUUGUAAUAUUUUAUACUAAAGUGAAAAUGUAUCGAGUAUAUUUUUUAAAAUGACAGCUGCAUAUUUAAUUUUUGGUUACACUGUUAAUAACUUUGUAUUUAUACUUGUCAACAGAAUAAACAACAUGCCAUCUCA